GAAUAACAAGGCUCUUUCCUGUUGCGAUAUUGAAAGUUUAUGUUUUACAUAAGACCAUUUCGAGAGCGGUGAGAAAAACCUGGCUGAUUUGGAUUUUAAGCUUGAAAGGGGUAGACGACACUGUUGGCAUUCUGAAGCUGGGUUACUCGGUAGUGGGAAGAACAAACUCUGCCAGUAAACAUUCGAAUUGAUUUGCCUCGACAGAUAAUGACAGCACUACCAGGGGGUGGGGCAAGGAUCCCUGGCCUCCAUUCACAACCUGUGGCCCCUGUCCAUCCCGCUGCACCAAUCCCCCCACAGCAGCCACAGAGUGCCCUUCGUGAAAUCACAUGUGUCACCCUCUGCAAGGUCGGUCAGGAAACUGUCCAGGACAUUGUGGCGCGUACAAUGGACAUCUUUCACAUGCUGCGGGCAACACAGCUUCCAAAUGGUGUUACUCAGAAUCAUGCGGUGUAUCAGGAGCGGUACAACAAACUGCAGGAGCACCUGCGUCAGCUCACCCUGCUCUUCAAGAAGCUUCGGUUGUUGUAUGAUAAGUGUGGAGAAAUGUGCGGGGUGUCAGACAUCUCCAUAACAGAGUUAAUUCCUUUUGUGGGUGAAGAGCCCUUCAGACCUUCAGAUCUUCCGAAUGUUGGGGCUUUGACCAAUGCAGAGUACCAAGAAAUCCUUGAGAAACUACAUCAGAAGAACCAAGAACUAAAGCACAUUAUGGACCAGCUACGGAAUCUCAUAUGGGACAUCAAUUCUAUGCUGGCAAUGAGGAACUAAACUUGAUGAAAAUCCCAUUGUCAGUUUGCAAUGUGAAUUCUCCGUUUAGCACCUGUUAAGCAAUGAAACUCUUAUAGUCUUUUUUUUUGUUUUUGCACUGUAUGUAUAACCAUUUUCUUAUUUAAAAAAAACAAAAAUAUUUUUAUACUAAGGAAAUUGCAAUUCAGAAAAUUUGUUGAAAUGUGUCACAAAACAAUAUGUUGUGUUAUUUUUGUGUAUGUAAUGUAGAGUGGAUCCAGAUUUUCAAUGUGAUAGUUCUUGGCAGUACAGGGAAAGUCUGGGGCCAGGGUUGCUAAUUCUCCAGUACAGUGCUGGACCCUCUGCAAAUUAUGAACUCCCAAAACACUGCUGCAAGCAACAGCAAGGAGAGAGUUGGCAUUGAAGAAAAAAUAAUGUGCAUUAAGAAUGUUAAGCUAUUUCAAGACUUGUUAUUGGUUAUUAAAAAGAAUUGAAGCUAGGACAAAAUGGUUAUGUGAUGUUCCGAUGAUCAAUGCAAAGAGUUGGCAUCUUGGUGAAUGUGUCAAUGAGUGUUGUGGAAAUGUAGGAUACUUGGGUUCUGGAAUUAUUCAGUCACGUUGUAACUGAUCUGCAGCUGAACUCCAGCUGGCAGCCUUGAUGCUGUAAGUUUUAAUAUCCUAACCAAAAGUAAAAUUGUUUUCAAUACUAACCUAAAUUUAAUUGACUUCCAACCUCUCCAGUUUUUUGAGGUGGGAGAGUUCUGAAUUUCCCCACCCUUUGUGUGAAGAAUUACCGUCAAAUACCACUGAAGAACAGAGCUUGAACUUGAGGUUCUAGACUCUUCCUCGUACCACUGCCCAUCCUCCUCCUCCAUCCCCUACUGAUUAGAUUCAUGUUUUUUUACCCCAUCAGAUCCUUCUCAGCAUGGGAAUUAAAUUGCUAUUUAAUCUUCUACAGUUCAGGGUUUCAGCAUGUAAUUCAAUCACCAUUUUGAUGAACCUGUGCAGUAUUCCCUCCUCCCUGAAGUCCAGUGACCAACACUAAAUGCAGCAGAUUCUAACCAGAGUCUUGCAGAACUGUAGCUUCUAUGAAGGUGCAAUUUCUGACCAGGGAUUGAUUUCUUCCCCCCACCUCCCAUCUAGUCUACUUUGCCAUUUAAGAAGUCAUAGUCAAUCUGAUUGUAACAUCCAUCCCAUUGUCCUGUCUAUACAUAGUCACCUUUCAUUCUUUUGCUUAUCCAGUGUCCAUCUCUCUCUCUCUCCCUUAACAGGCUGUGGACACUUUUUGAAGGGAGAAAGUUCCAAGGCUGAACAACUUUGAAUGAUAAAGGGUUGCCUACUUAAGACACAUUUUCAAACACUAACUAGAGUUCUAGAUUCUAUCACAAGAGGAAUCAUACUAUUCAUUCUGCCAAGACCCUUCAACAUCAUGUGUUUCAAUCAAGUUCUCUUCUCUUCUAAACUCUGGCAAAUAUAAACCUAGCCUGUUCACUCUUUCCUCAUUAGAUGACCUGCCCACUUGAAGUAUUAGUUUAGUACAAGAACACAAGAAAAUAGAAGCAGGACUAGGCCAGCAGGCCUCUCAAGCCUGCCCACCACUCCUCUUCUAUGCCAGUUCCCCAUAAUCCUCAAUUCUUUAAUCUUCCAACUACUACCUUAUCUCAAAUACUUAUAAUAAACUGGCCAGCACCUUUGGGGCAGAGAAUUGCAGAGAUUCACUACUUGUUCAGAGAAAGAAAUUUUUACGUACCUCAGUUUUAAAUGACUGGCAUCUUGUAACGAUAUUCCCUUGUUUGUGAUUCUCCCACUAAAGAAAACAUCUCAACCUCUACACUUCCAAGUCCCCUUUGGAUCUUGUAUGUUUGAAUAAGGUCACCUCUCUUUCUUCUGCACUCCAAGGAAUAUAGAGCCAAACUGUCUCUCCUCUCUUGAUAGGAUAACCCUCUCAUCUAAGGAAUUAGUCUGGUGAUUCUCCUUAGGACUGCCUCCAAUGCUACCACAUCCCUUUUUAGGUUAAAAGGACCAAACCUCCGCACAGUAUUAUGGGCACGGCCUCACCAAUUGUUACAACCCCGUCCCUGCCCUUUUUUUAAAAACUCCAACCCCUUUGCAAUAAAGACCAAAAUGUCAUUUGCCUUCUUUAAAUAAAUGUUGGACCUGCCUGCUAACUUUUUGUUAUUCGUGGAAAACCUUGAUCCCUCUGCAGUUUGCAUUCUUUCUCCAUUUAGAUAAUAGUUCGUUUUGACGACUCUUGCCAAAGUGCAGUAUUUCACACUUUCCCUGAUGAAACUGAGUGAAAAUCUGGCAAUCGAUCAAUAGCCCAUGGGAGAAGCACAAUCUCCUCACCAUCACAUGCCAUUCCAUCUAUUUUCAUAUCAUUGGCAAAUGUGGAAACUAGUGUGAUGUGGAAUACAGCAAGAACUUUGUCUUUGUUUUAGAGUCGUGAUAUUAGAUGUUCUACUUAAUUUAUUGACACAUUGUGAUAUGUCCAACUAACAUUGUUAAAAAUCACUGGUGUGAUAAUGGUUAACAUGUUAAACAGCUUAAUUAAAGCUUGUUUGCUAUGGUGAUUUGUCAUGUCACAGGAAGGAUUUAUCACAUGACAGGAAGUUGUUUGAUUAUGUGUAUACAAUGAGAUUUUGCCACUGAUAGAACCUCUUUGGGCUGGAGUUGGAAGUGGUGCCAAGGACCAAAAUGGAGAAGAUAUGCCUAUCUUUGUUGUUGAGAUGGCAUUGGAACAGCAGAAGGGAGGUGAGAGCAUUUUCGUUUUCUCUUUAAGAGCUGUUUAUUUGCUGGGUUGAUUGAGCGGACUGUGUCUCAGACUGCACUUGUGGCUAAGUGUUGUCAAGGGAUUUUGGAGACUUAUGCAUAUUUUAAGACUUUUGCAUUUGAAGACACGUGUUUUCUGUUGCCAGGAGCAGUAUGUGACUGGGUAUCGUGUUAACUUGAAUAGUGUAAACUAUUUGUUUCUUGUUACUAAUUGCUUUAUUACACGAUUUGCUUGAACAGAUUGACUGUGUCACAACCAUAUUGUAAUAAACCAGGAUCUUGCAACAUUUUGGCAUAGUUGGCAGGGUCCAACAUAUAUAUGAAAAGAAAAGGCUUUUAAUGGAAGAAGAGAGAGGAGAGAGAAUAUAGGAUACAGGAUAGAUGCCAUCAGAUGAGCUUAGUUUUGUUGCCCAGUUUUUGAUUAAAAAUUGGGCUGCCUGUAGUUUGGAAGAGGAUAUACCCUGCUGUGAAAACAAAUUAACAAAGUACUGCCAAAGGAUUUGACCUAUUGAUGGAACAAUACCGUCUAAAUAUUGAAAUACAAUCUGAUAAUGGGUCACAUUUCUGAGGGUAAGAUGUACAACAAUGGACUGUGGACCAGGGUGGACUUUCUACAUUACCUUCAAGCCUCUGAAUCAGUUGAAUGGGUUACUGAGGCAACAUGCAAAGAUAUUGACAGCAGCAUGUACUCUGAAGGGGUGGUUGGCAGUUUUAAACCAGACUGAGUUUAAUCUUGACAAUGGACCAUUAGCAAAAGGGUCAUUCUCCCAAUGACUACUGUGUACACAUAUAAUCUUCAAGUCACAAGAGGAAUGUUACAACUAAAGAAGUUAUUUUGGAAAGGGGAAAAGUAUGGCUGUAUUACCCAGGAAAUUCCUGUCAAAUAAAGGGAAAUAACUGGAGAGGGAAUGCAUAUUGGGUGUUACUAAAACAUGAAGUUAAUCCUGUAUUAAUAGUGAGAAACUGAAGAAACAAGAAUGAAAACUUGUCUGUAAGACCCAAGGCAAAAUUGCUGCUUGAUUUUUCUAUCCAGUAAUAUUUAGUCAUACUUAUUAUUAAGUUCUCAGUCUACAGAAGAGAAGCAAUUUAUUCUAAACUGUGUGCUUAAGAAUAUGCAGUACAGGGGACUAUGGGACUAAGAAUGUAAAUAUCAAUUGGUGGCAUAUAAUGUAAUGUGGAAGAUGACAAGAACUUUAUAAUUGGUUUUGAAUAGUGAUAUUAUACAUACUACUUUCUCAACACUGCAAUAUGUGCACCUCGCUUUAACCAUUACACCAGUGUCUUUUUUUAAUAUGUUAAGUGACUUAAUUAAAGCUUGUUUUAGUGAUUUGUCAUGUGGUAGGAAGGAAGUUGUUUCUUCAGGUGUAUAAAGGAAGGAGAUUUGGCCAUUGAUGGAGCUUCAUUGGACCGGAGUUAGAGGUGGUGUCAAGGACCAAAACAGCAGAAUGUGACUGUGGAUUCUAUUUACUUGAACCGUGUAAACUAGUUCUUGUUACUAAUUGUGUAACAAAACAAUUUCCUUGAACGUGGAUGAGAAUAUUGUGAUAAACCUACAUUUUGCAAUAGAAACCUUGCAUUUUGUUCCUUAGUGUAAUUAGUGUAAAUUGAGAGCCAAGAACCAAUCCCUGGGGUACUCCACUAAUCACAUGCUUCCAGCCUGAAAAGGAUCCAUUUAUUCCAACUGUUGUGUAACAGCCAGUUUUAAGCCUUAUCUGAACUGCUUCCAAUGAAUUAACAUCGUUCCUUGGACGGGGAGAUCAAUAUUGUACAAAGUACUCCAGAUGUGGUUUCAUCAAUACCCUCUAUAACUGAAUCAUAUUCUCCCUACUUUUGUAUUUGAUUUUUUUCCCCUUACAAUAAACAAUCUGAUUUCUUUCCUAAUUACUUGCUGUACCUGCAUGCAUGCCUUUUGCAAAUCCCAUACCAGGGCAUCCAGAUCCCUCUGCAUUUCAGAGCUCUGCAGUGAAUCACUAUUUAGAUAAUGUACGUUAUUUUUCUUUUCUUUUUAUUUUCUGAACACCUUGAAGUAAAGACCAAUGUCCUACCAGCCUUUUAAAUUUAUGUUUUCUGUGAUUCCUGUUCUUGGUCACCAUGAGAUUCUCUUACAAAAAGCUGUUAUAGAAAAUCUAUGAUGUAUCUGUCUGCUUUUUCAGACAGUUUUCCAGUGGCUCAGCCAUAAAUCCAUCAGUUACAGCAGUCUUUCAUGACUUAUUUGCCUCGGCCAUAUAUCCAUUCACUUUUUGUAUUAGAAUGUCAUAAAACCAUGAAGGUAGAGUAAAGAUGUAGGUCAAGUGUGACCCAGUUGAAAUCAGGAGCAGGACCUAACGGUGAUCAUGUGUUCCUACUCCCACUUCUGUUGUAGUUUCUUCCCCUGAUGCAGCAGAUGGACUGGUAUCUUUGCUGAGAUGCCAACACUGUGCAUCAAGUGCAUCUCCCAGCCAAGACGUCUAGGAAUGGCCCCCGAAUGCAGAAGUUGCAUAAACCAGUUCAACCAUGAAGAAAAAUGCACUUGGUAUUAGACCAACCUUGUUGGGCUGGUACCGUUAUUGCAUUAGCAAGAGAGUUUACUCUGCUCCUCCUCGGAAGUGAGAGGUGAUAUUCUGCACUAGAGUAGCGGUAUUGAGUAAUUAAGCAGCUGCAAGUCCUAUUGUCAUAUUUUUGGUGACUGAUUUAAUCUGCAGCUGGGCAAUCAUUACAGACAAAUAUUGAAAAUAUACCUAAUAAAGUACCAGUGAUGUUUGGUUGGAAGGACUGUCAA